AUGGUCGGUCUCUACGACGACCCGUUCGUCUUUGGCGACGGGUCAGACCUCACCACCUUUCUGGGCGCCGACCCUUAUCACGCCGGCUCCUCGCCUGAAGAGUUCCAGGACUUUACCGUCACCUCAGCUACAGAGCCGCAUUUCCCACCAGCCAUUCACGCUCUAAAAGAUCCUCAUCAAUUCCUCCACUCACCCACCGAGCCAAUCUGCCCGUCGCCGAUAGACCCCUCCUUCCCUCCCACUACUCACUUCCCGCGUUCUGUCCCGGUCUCAGCCCCGCUAGGCCCAGCUCCAACGUCUGCCCCUUCUUCAUUCCCUCAACAACAUCAGCAUCAGCAUAGCCUGUCUCUCAACACCGGCCACACUCUCAACUCCCCCACAGCGAACAUCGCCUUCUCCUGGCCUCCCCCCCCUCAACCUCAACCCCAACCCAAACCUCAGCACCAACCACAGCCUCAGCCUCCCCCUCCCGCAACUACAACCGCCCCUCCAGCAGCGGCAGCAACAGCAACAACCCUCACAACAACCGGCACAACCGCAACAGCUAACUCCCUCGCCAACAACCCUCUCCCCGAUGACCUGGCUUCGGCCCACGCCCUCAUCAAAGCCCUGCAAUCCGAGCUGCGCUCCGCAACCAACGACCUGACCACAGUGCGUCUGCAACUGUCGACCACCCGCAACGAGCUGUAUGCUGCCCGGCAGGAGCUGAAGCGCUUGCGCGCAGAACACAGCGAGGUUCGUGCCCAGGCAGAGUUUUUGUUGCAGGAGCGGGCGAAGGUUAAGGCGGUGGAGGAUCGGCUGAGGAGGGAGAGGAACGAGGCGAGGCUGGCAUUGAUGAUUAAGAAUGGCGGGGUGCCUCCUGUCGGGGUUGGGGGUGUGGGAUGGAAGUUGGGGGCUGUCCCUGGAGCCGGGGCUGCAGCUGCGACGAGGGCUGGCGUUAAUGGGGGGUGCAGGGGAAUGGGUUGA